UUUGAUUAUUUUCAACGAUGAGGAAAGAAACUUCUUCUACUCAGUGUGGGAACGCGACGUCACGGUUUGCUUCUUUUCGGGUCCCUGUUCAACCCCCGAGGGGUGAAAUAUCUUGCCGUGGAUUGCUGUGUGAGUGUGUUAAGUGUGUGUGAGAUAAUUGCUAUUGUAUAACUUCGUCGUGGACGAGAUACUGAAAUAAAAAUGGCUUCCGCUACACCUGACGGUGCCGAGCAAGAUGCCCCAUCACCAAGCAACCAACACGGCGUACUGCGCAUAGGAGAAGCCGAGGAGGAGACGCAGGGCCUGCAAGCUCCGAAAGAGGAGCCGGUUGACAGCGAGGUUAUAAAAGUGGAAGAAAUGGACGGCGAACAAGUCUACGGGGAAGGAGACGCGAAGGCUCCGGUGGUAGCCGACGUUCCCGAAGCGGGAUCGGCCGGAGAAGAAGAGGAGGAAGAAGAAGAUAUGGGUUGCGAGGUUGCCGGAGCAUUGGAGAGCCCGGAGCAGCGAAGCCCAGCGUGCUGCAGCGAAACCUGCGACGGCACAGAGAAGGAGAUGAAGCAGGAACAAAGGGAGGAAAACGAGUCUUCGUCCAGCGACUGCAUAAAGCCGGGCAAAAACGAGGACGGGACUGAGAAAAACGACACCAGCAAAAGGCGAGCCAGUGUGGAGAUGUCAUCGUCGGAUGGGGAACCCCUCAGUCGCAUGGAUUCCGAAGACAGCAUCAGCAGCACGCUGAUGGACAUGUACAGCACGGCGUCCAGCGGCCGCUCCACGCCCGCCAUGAUGAACGGCCAGGGCAGCGCCGCGCCCUCCUCCACCAAGAGCAUGGGCUACACCUGCUGCUGGGACCAGUGCCACGUCUGCUUCAACUCCAGCCCCGACCUGGCCGAGCACAUCCGGGGGCUGCACGUGGACGGCCAGCGCGGGGGGGUGUUCGUGUGCCUGUGGAAGGGCUGCAAGGUGUACAACACGCCCUCCACCAGCCAGAGCUGGCUCCAGAGGCACAUGCUGACGCACAGCGGGGACAAACCCUUCAAGUGCGUGGUGGGCGGCUGCAAUGCCAGCUUCGCGUCCCAGGGGGGGCUGGCGCGCCAUGUGCCCACCCACUUCAGCCAGCAGAACUCGUCCAAGAUGUCCGGCCAGUCCAGGAUGAAGGAGGAGUCGCCGUCCAAGGCCGGCCUCAGCAGGAGGAGGAAGCUGAAGAACAAGCACCGCAGGGCCUUGCAGCGGCCGCACGACUUCUUUGACGCGCAGACGAUGGACGCCAUCCGGCACCGGGCCAUCUGCCUGAACCUGGCCACGCACAUGGAGAGCCUGGGCCACGGCCACAGCGUGGUCUUCCACAGCACGGUAAUAGCGAGGAGAAAGGAGGAUUCUGGGAAGGUCAAGGUCCUCCUGCACUGGACUCCUGAGGACAUACUGCCGGACGUGUGGGUGAACGAGACGGACCGGCAGCAGCUGAAGACCAAAGUGGUGCACCUGUCCCAGCUCCCGCAGGACACCGCCAUGCUGUUGGACCCCAACAUAUACCGAACACUGCCACAGAAAAGGCUGAAACGGAGUUCAAACAUGGAAUGCUCUUGAUGUUUCUGCAGGAAAUGAAAAUUGCAUUGACUGGAAUUCUGUGAAUAUGAUUCUUGCUCCUGCUGUUAAAACUGUAAUUGUGCAAAAGUUGUUGAUGUUCUUGGCCUCCAGCAAAUUGUGACACUGUAAAAAGACUCUGAAUGGAUUUCCAUGUGUUCCACGUUCCUAAAGGAUUUUUCUGUACAUAUGCAAAUGAAAAAUGUUUUUUUCCUGUGUUUACCGGCUGCUAUUGGGGAAUCACACCAACGUUUUUGGCUGUGUUUAGUGCUUUCUGUCCCCUCAGGUCCCAGACAAUGCGCAAACUCAGCUCAGCCUUUUUUUUACAUUUUUUUAUUUUUUUACUCUUUCUAUUUUUUGUUGUUUUUGUAUGGUAAAGGAGAAUUGGUCAGAAUGAAGGACUAAAAGUUGAACCUCUGCUUUUAGGAUGCUUUUCUAGACUCAGAAGAAGAGUCCGUGUCCCCUCCUGCUGCCUUACUGACCCACAGAGAGGAGCGUGCGUCAACCAGCUGGAUCAGAGGAACCCAGAGAAAAGCAUCCUCUCUCCUUUUCCUUUUCCCAGUCCCUCACGUGCACCAAAGUACGCUGUCGAGUUUCUUUUGGUGGUUCUUCAAAAGAAUAACAGAGUUAUCAUAAAUGUAUUAAUCAAAGUGGUAAAUAUGAAAAAAAAGAAAAAAGACAUUUUAAGAUUGUUUUAUCUUUUUUUUUCAUCAUUGGAAAGGUGAUUGUUAUCCCUUUACACAACUGUGUGACAUGGAGUUCAGAAGCAUUUAUGGAGAUAUAGAGCGUGUAAAUAUUUCUGCAGAUUUGUAAUAUAUUUUUAUACCACUGAACUGUACUGUAGAUUGUCUGCCUCCCUGUUUUUACAGUUUUGUUGUAUAUCAUGUGAAAGGGAAUGAUGUGAAGGAUAAUGUUAAUACCUAGUAUAAUUGGCUCAGUUGCAGUCAAAAUGAAUGGACUUGGAAAGGAACUCCUUUUCUGCACUUCUGUGCAUUGGUGGCUCGACAUAGUUGUGUGCAGCUAGUAACAAUCAGCCUUGUCUCUCACUUUACUAGCGUUGUUAAACAGGAAGCCAUGACGACAGCAUUUGCUGCUGUUCUUUUACGGCAUGGAAAAAUCUUAAUUUGAUAGAAAAGCACUUAUCCUGCCAAAAGAUACAAUUGGUAUUUUGCAUUUUGUCUACUUGGUACUUCAUUAAUUAGUAGCAGGUAAGCUACCUUGCUAAUCAAAGUAGCAAGUUAGCUAGCUAGCCUAGUGAAACGGCUAGCCAAACCCCGACUGGUUUCAGGGUGAUAAUGUAACAUGGUAUUGUGCUGAAACCUCCAGUGGUCUGACUGAGGUUGUGCCUCAAAAUGGGGGAUAAAUGUGGUGUUUGUGCUCGUAUCAGAUGUCUGUACUGCACUUGGCUCUGGCUAGGCAAGGCAGGGGAGUCGCAGGAGAGCUGCCUGUGUCUCCUGUAGAAGCUAGUAGCGCCUAGCUUUACGUAGCACUUGGCUCAUGUUACCUUGCCGCCAGAAGCCCGGAGCUGUGUUUUCUUAACUCUGCGGUACUUACCAUGGGACCCAUUAUCAGUUUUUUUUUUUUUUUUUUUUUUUUUUUUUUUUUUUUAAAGGAUAAGUGCUUCCAGUGUGUCAUGUAGCCAACAAUGAUCUCUGACUGUUUUACCCAUUCAGAUGACCAAGGUUGGACAUUGGUAAUACCUGGAAUUUGAACUGUCCACACUGUAUAUGUUUAUUGAAGUGCCAUUCAUACUUCCUACGUCAGUAAUACAUUGUAUAUUAAACAAUUGUAACUACCAUUUGUAUGUUUUAAAUUAUAUUAACAAAAUAAUAAAAAUUAGAACACACCAGUGUAAAUGUAUCACACCAGUACCUCUGUCACUGAUAACCACUGGAAUACUGAUAAGGUAACGUGUAAGACUUUUUAAAAUAAGAACUGUAUUUGCAUGCAGACCCCUGGAGUUUGACUGAGGCCUGAUGGCUGUUGGUAGCUCAUUGUUGAUCCGUGUGUGCGUGCGUGCGUUCUACAGUACUUGUAUGACGCAAUCGGACUGCGUCAAAUGUGUACCUGGGUCCGUACUUCUGUCCCUUGAGGAUUUGUGUACAGGGGUGCACAACAAAGGCUGGUCUGUUUUGGGAUUUAAUGCUAAUGUCUGCUCUUUGGUAUUUAAUUAACCCAGUCAUUUACUUGGUUUUUCAAUGUAUUGCUUUCAUCAGCUGCAGCUGUAGUCUUGCCUGGUAAAAAUGUUUUAUUCUGGCGCCAUUUCUGUAUACCCCAAUCUAAUUGACCGAGAAGGAUUGGGUGGACUGAAACCCAGCGUACACACCCGCCCUUGAGCUGUGCACCCCUGAAGUAUAGUAAUAACCAUAACAGUGAUAUUAAUGAUUCGACUGUACGCUCUGUUGGAGCACUACUGUCUGUUUAGCUCUGCAGUGUCUCAUGGGAUUUGUGGUUUGUGAUGGUGAAGAGUCUCAUUUUGACUCUCUGGAUCCCAGCAAUGUUUUUUGUAAUUAAA